ACAAUCCUUAGAGCGGCGUUUCGAAAGCUCGACAUCUCAGUAUCCAGCAGCACAUCACUAGUUUGCAUUUAUGAGACCCUCGCGCUCCGAUUUCUUCAGGACCAUAAGAUCAAGCAAAGGGUUUCCCAUUUCACAGGGCCAUACACUGAGGUGUCUAAUGGCCUCCAGCUCAGGGCUGUCCAUGUGAGAAGUGAAUCUGAGAAGAGAAGACACUUAAAGAGAGAGAGACGAGUUUCCCACAGAGCAUGGCCUCUGCCACAGAAGAUGACAUGGAUGAAAGAACGGUGGACAUUAAAGAAGAGGACUGUGAUCGUCUCACACCAGAGGUUGUGUGUGUGAAGCUGGAGGAUCACAAAGAAAAUAUUUCAGUUUUUAAAGAGGAAGAGGAGUGCAAGUGGGUGACUGUUACCAUUAAAGCUGAGGAUUUGAAUGAUUUCUCCAUUGGUCUUGAAGUUCAAAAACAUGAAACUGAGGAUAUUUUCAAGCAAGAUGUCUGUGAAGAAUCUCCAUCCAGUUUACAGCCCUGGUCCACUAAUACGGAACAACUGGCUACUCAGGAGAAUUCUACAGAGCUGAAAUCCGAGUUAUCAGAGUCUGAAGAGAAAAUCACCAAGGGAAAUGGGAGAGAAGGAGAAGAGUCACCUGGGAGUGUUGGAAUAAAUUUACAGAAUGGCAGCUUCUCUCCACCUUCCUUUGGUCAGCCCUCUCUUCAGUACAAGGAGAAAGGUAUAAAGACAUCAGCAAGAACAUCAGAGAGCCUAACAGCAUCCUUUUUGCAGUGCAGUUCUCUCCCAGCUACUGGAGUAACACAGACAGAAGCCAUCAAAACUGAUAGACAGAAAGUGGAGAAAGAAAUCCAAAUUCACACUGGAAAAAAAUGUUUGGAAUGUGGCAAACAAUUCACACAAAAAAGUUCUCUUAAUAAACAUAUGAAGAUUCACACAGGAGAAAAAAAAUAUUGCUGUUCAGAAUGUGGUAAGUCUUUCCAAAAGAGAUGCAGUCUUGUGAACCACAGAAGAAUCCACACGGGAGAAAAACCUUAUUGUUGCCCAGAAUGUGGUAAGUCUUUCCGAAGUAGAUGCAAUCUUAUGAACCACAGAACAGUCCACACAGGAGAAAAAACUCAUUGUUGUCCAGAUUGUGGCAAGUUGUUGUCAAGAAAAAGCGCUGUUCAGAGACACAGAAGAAUACACACUGGAGAGAAACCUCAUUGCUGUCCAGAUUGUGGCAAGUUGUUCUCACGUGUAAGCAGUCUUCAGAGGCACAGAAGAAUCCACACAGGAGAAAAGCCUCACUAUGAAGUAGCGGUGUUGAAGCACCACAAGCUGGUUGAUCCUGAUAGAAAUCUGAAGAGGAAACUCUGUGAGAAACAUCAGAAAAGUCUAGAAUUGUUUUGUAAAACUGAUGAGAUGUGUAUCUGCAUGAUGUGUGGAGUGACUGAACGUGAUGGUCAUGAAAAGGUUGAGCAGAAGACGGAAGGAGAAGAACAAAAGAAACAGUUGGGGGUGACACUGAGUGAAAUUAGGAGGAGACUUGAAGAGAAAGAGAAGAAUCUGAAGGAGACGACGAGGACAGUGGAGGAGAUGAAGCUUUCUGUGGAAAGAGUAAUGAGGGAACAUGAGAAGAGCUUCACUGAUCUGAUUCACUGCAUCGAGGAAGCCCACAAGAAAUUGAAAGAGAGGAUCAGAGAACAAGAAAAGGGAGAAAUGGAGAAGGCUGAAGGAGUCAUGGAGCAACUGGAGAAGGAGAUUGAGGAGCUGAAGAGGAGAGAAGCUGAGCUGAAGGACCUUUCAGAGACCAAGGACCGUCUCCACUUCCUACAGACUUUCUCACCUCUCUGUGUCCUUCCUGCUGAUGGAGACUCGCUCGGCUUUACUGUCACGGCUGAGUUUUCUUCUGAGGACCUGCUAAAGGAGCUGUCAGGUCUUAAAAAGAGUCUGGAGAAGAUCAGCCAGCAGGACAUCCUGUCAAGGACUCCACCAGGUCGUGAAGCUCCAAUCUUUAACCUACAGCCUCCAGAACCCCGGAGCAGAGAAGAGUUUUUACAAUACUUCUGUCCUCUCACACUGGACAUCAACACAGCACACAGAGACCUCCAUCUGUCUGAAGGGAACAAGAAGGUGACAUAUGAGGGGACAGAGACUGAAUAUCAUGAUCACCCUGACAGAUUUGACUACUGGUGCCAAGUUCUAUGCACAGAGGCUCUGACUGGGACUCGCUGUUACUGGGAGGUGGAG